AUGACGGAUAGGCAGGAGAAGCAAAUCCUUCCACUUCGAGAGGGUAAGCAAACAUUUCCAGACGUUUCCGUGUCCAACAAAUUAAUAAGAAUAUUUAAAAUCAUCUACAUCUUGAAAUGCAACUUUUCUUUCAACAGUCACAGUCUUGGGGCUCAUAUAGCUGGAUGCGCCGGGGCAACUGUAAAUAGUAGCAUUGGUGUAAUAGUGGGCUUGGAUCCUGCGGGACCUCUGUUUCACACUAGUGAAACGGACAAUAGAUUAGACCCAUCGGAUGCCCAAUUCGUUCAAGCAAUUCACACUUGUGCUGGUAGAUUGGGCUAUCGACGCAGUCUAGGAACGGCAGAUUACAGACCUAAUGGAGGAGGAAAUCAGCCUGGUUGCACUCUUGAACCAACUGGUUCGUGUGCACACGGUAGGGCUUUCGCAUUAUUUGCAGAAUCUGUAAGAUCAGGAGG